AUGCUAAGACUUGGUCCAGUUUCACUAGCUGCUGUUUCUCUUCGAACGAUGUCUUCCCAGGUAACAAGAAAACUAGAAGGGCGAGUUGCUAUAGUAACUGCAUCAACGGAAGGAAUUGGUUAUGCCAUUGCUGAUCGUCUUGCACGUGAUGGUGCCAAAGUGAUGGUUAGUAGUCGUAAACAGGCCAAUGUUGAUAAGGCAGUAGAGUCACUCCAAAAACAGCAUGGAACUGAGUCCGUGUCUGGUGUCAUCUGUCAUGUGGGUAAAGAUGAAGACAGAAAGAGAUUAAUAAAAGAGACGUUGGAACGAUUUGGUAUGUUACAUAUAUUAGUAUCUAAUGCAGCUGUCAAUCCGACCUUUGGACCUACUCUUGAAACUCCUGAAUCAGCUUGGGACAAAAUAUUUGACAUUAAUAUCAAAUCUGCUGCAUUCCUUGUUAAAGAAGCUUACCCACAUCUUAAGAAAACAGGUGGCAAUGUUAUCUUUGUCUCUUCCAUUGGUGGAUUUACGCCAUUGAACCUCCUAGGUCCAUAUUCUAUUAGUAAGACAGCAUUGUUUGGUCUGACAAAGGUAUUAGCAGAUGAGUUAGCCCCUGAUAAUAUUAGAGUUAAUUGUUUAGCACCUGGUAUCAUUAAGACCAAAUUCAGUUCAGCACUUUGGCAAAAUGAAGCAGCUGCUGCAGAGUUCGUUAAUCAAAUACCAAUAAAAAGGCUAGGAGAACCAGAUGACUGUUCUGGUGCAGUCUCCUUCUUAAGUUCAGAUGAUGCAAAGUAUAUGACAGGAGAGACCAUUGUUGUCUCUGGAGGAAUGAAGAGCAGACUUUAA